AUGGGCAAGGACAAGGCCAAGGAGAAUGAGAUGAGGGAGAUCCGCAUCGAAAAGCUGGUCCUCAAUAUCUGCACCGGGGAGUCUGGCGACCAGCUCACCAAGGGCACCAAGGUCCUGGAGGACCUCACUGGCCAGACCCCCGUCCUCUCCCGGGCCCGCUACACCAUUCGUUCCUUUGGCAUCAAGCGCAACGAGAAGAUCGCUGCCAACGUGACUGUGCGGGGCAAGAAGGCCUACGAAAUCCUGGAGCGGGGGCUGCGGGUCAAGGAUCGAGACCUUAAGAAGAGGAACUUUUCGGACACCGGCAACUUCGGGUUCGGCAUCCAGGAGCACAUCGACUUGGGGAUCAAGUACGACCCGUACACGGGCAUCUUCGGGAUGAACUUCUACGUGGUGCUGUCGAGGCCGGGGCGUCGGAUCAGCCAGCGCAAGCGCGCGGCCGCGAAAGUGGGCCGCAAGCAGAGGAUCACCAAGGAAGAGGCCAUGGAAUGGUACAAGACCAAGUUCGAUGGCAACAUCUAUUGA